CCCCCCUUUUCACUCAGUUCAUACCAGCAUGCACGCUUGCUGCAGUGGACCUUGGCCGAGGGGAAUGCAUUAAGAGUCAGAAAAAAGCUACAUAUGAACCGCUGAAACAACAGCUGCGAGGAGACUUUUAACAGACAACACAAUGACUGGACUCAAGAAGCAGACUGGCUGACUGAAGGGAGGCGUUCCCUCCGACCAAUCAGAGUGCUGCAUUCAGCAACUGCCCAGAUGUGGUCUGAGAAGCUUCAACAGCAGCACAAACAUAUUUCAUACAUGAACGGUUUUGGGAAUGAGUUCUCCUCUGAAGACCCUCGCUGUCCUGGAUCAUUGCCUGAGAGACAGAACAAUCCUCAGGUCUGUCCCUACGGUCUCUAUGCUGAGCAGCUCUCUGGCUCUGCUUUCACUUGCCCACGACCAGCCAAUAUGAGGAGCUGGUUGUACCGCAUCCUCCCAUCUGUCAAACAUAAGCCUUUUACUGCAGUGCCAUGUGAGAAUCUAACAGAGAACUGGAAUGAAGUGGAGCCUGAUCCUAACCAGUUGCGUUGGCUGCCAUUUACCAUUCCAAAACCCACAGAGAAGAAAGUGGACUUUGUGGCUGGUCUGCAUACUGUCUGUGGUGCUGGGGAUGCCAAAUCUCGCAAUGGCAUUGGCAUCCACGUGUACACCUGCAACAUUUCCAUGGUUGACAGGUGUUUCAACAACUCAGAUGGAGACUUUCUGAUUGUCCCCCAGCAGGGUGAGAUCUUGAUCACUACAGAGUUUGGGAAGAUGAUGGUGGAGCUGAACGAGAUCUGUGUCAUCCAGCAAGGAAUGCGCUUCAGUGUGGAUGUGUUUGGAGAAACCAGAGGUUAUGUACUGGAGGUGUAUGGAACCCACUUUGAACUCCCUGACCUGGGACCCAUUGGAGCCAAUGGUCUGGCCAACCCAAGAGAUUUCCUGUGUCCAAUUGCUUGGUAUGAGGAUCGCAAAGUGGCUACAGGUUACACCAUCAUCAAUAAGUACCAGGGGAAGCUCUUCGCCUGCCAACAGGAUUUUUCUCCCUUCAAUGUGGUUGCCUGGCAUGGGAACUACACACCUUACAAAUACAACCUGAAGAACUUCAUGGUUAUCAACUGUGUGGCAUUCGACCAUGCGGAUCCAUCUAUCUUUACUGUGCUGACUGCCAAAUCCACACGACCAGGUGUGGCCAUUGCUGACUUUGUCAUCUUCCCCCCACGGUGGGGUGUGGCUGACCACACCUUCCGUCCACCAUACUAUCACCGUAACUGCAUGAGUGAAUUCAUGGGCUUGAUCAAAGGCCACUAUGAGGCCAAAGAAGAGGGUUUCCAGCCAGGAGGGGCGAGCCUCCACAGCAUGAUGACCCCACAUGGUCCGGACGCUGACUGCUUCGAGAAGAACAGCACUGCUGAGCUAAAACCCGAGAGGGUGGCUGAGGGUACCAUGGCUUUUAUGUUUGAGUCAUCCUUCAGUAUGGCAGUGACCAAGUGGGGUCUACAGACAUGUCAGAGGAUUGACAAGAGCUACUACCAAUGCUGGGAACCAAUCCGCAGCCACUUUAACCCCAACUGGAAGCCCAGCAAAAAGUAAAAAGACAAAGUGACAAAGAAGAAAUUUUGACCAAAUACAGUUGUUAUUCAUAAAUAAAAAUCAUAAUUUUUUCUAUUUCUCAAAUGUAACUAAGAGCAAUCCAAUUUUUGUGGAACUUCACUUCCUUUGUGGUAUUUGAUUAGGUUUGUUAAUUGAAAAUACAGAAGGAAUUAAAUAUGCCAUUAAAUUGAGAAAUUUAUUUUAUACAGAAUACUAUGAUUAGAGUCACAAUAAAAAAAUAAAACUUGUGCUGCUUGUCAUGUUAGAAAUUAAAAAUAACAGCUAGGCUGCAUAAAUUGUUUCUGUACAUGUAACUGCACAGGUCAGGCAUGCUGAAUAUGGAUGCC